AUGACUUUAACUCAGUUUAAUAAUGAUCUAGGAAUAUUAAGAGACAUGUACCCAGAACUGGAAAUGAAACCGGUAGAGGUAGACGAGACAGGUGAGUUUCCGCAGAACAUUAGCGGAAAGUCAUUUUUCAAGAUAUCUCUAUUAGCGGAUGUAAGUGUUGAAUUCGGUGAGCAACGUUUAUUAUUAGCAAAUCUGUCUCAUGAAUGCGUGGAGUUCACAAUGCAUUGCCGUCACUAUCCAGAUAUUCGACGGUGUGUUAGUAUGAAUAUCAAAUCUUUAUGGAUGUCAGCAGACGAAAAGAAAAUGCUAACCAAUAAAGCACUAGAACUUGUUGAAGGAACUAUAGACACGGAAGCUAACUUCGUAGAUUCGUUUACAUCCAUCCUAAUGCUCAUCUUCGGAUUCCUUAUAGAUGAUACUGCUAUUUUGUUAUUCCCUGAUAGCGUAAGAAAAUGCUUAACAAAAGAUCAGUAUGAAUUAUUUAAGCAGAUAAGUAAAGAAGCUACUCUUGAGAAAAUAAGCAGAUCUAACUAUCGUUGUUGUAUUUGUAUAGAGGUAGAAAAGGGUGUGAGAAUGGUCAAAUUGCCAUGCCAAAAUGACAAUAUAGAACACUAUCUUUGCAAAAAAUGUGCUAUUUCUUAUUUCACUGCAAUGAUCGAAGAAGGCCGAAUAUCUAAUGUGAGAUGUCCACAAUGUAAGUACGAAGAAUUAAAGUUGGAAGAUUACAAGUGUUACAAGAAAAUGGUAAAGGCCUUGUUUACGCCUUUGAUUUCAGUGUCCUUCUUAAAACAACUUAUUGGUGCAGAGCUAUGUGAAAGAUACGAAAGGCUGUUUUAUAAUCAGGCAGCUACAAAACUCUCAAAGUAUUGUCCCUAUGCCUGUGUGACCUGCCGAAGAUGUGACCAAUGGUGCACAAAAGAGAACCUCGAUGAUGCUAUGGUCCAAUGUCAAAAAUGUCAUUUUGUAUUUUGCUUUGACUGUUUGCAUGCCUGGCAUGGCUAUAACAAUAAAUGCGGCAAAAAAGUUUCAUUAUCAAAACAUAUUAUUGAGGAGUACUUGAAUGAUGUCGGCACUUCAAGCAACAGGAAGCGUGAAUUGGAAGUAAAAUAUGGAAAAAGAAUGUUAGAACUUGAAGUUAAUAAUUAUAUUGCCGACAGAAUGCUAAAUCUUGCUAUCGAAGAAGAAGGUUCGAAUUUACAGCGAUGCCCUAGGUGUAAGAUAGUCGUAGAAAGGAGUGAAGGUUGUAACAAAAUGAAAUGCGAAGUGUGUGGGACACUUUUCUGUUUUAUUUGCGGAAUCUUGCUCUAUCCUGAGGACCCUUAUGAACAUUUUAGAGAAUUAUUUUCAGGUUGCUAUGGGCGGUUAUUUGACGGGAUGUCUGGUGCAGAAAUUUGA